AUGUGGAACGACGAAGACAACAAUCCAUACGGCACUAGCUUUGACCGCCGGGAUUCGCAAUCGUCGUCUGCCAACCCGGCUUCCCCGACCACUCGUGAUUACCAUAAUUUCGAGCCUCCCCACACGCCAACUUCUGGCAGCGACGACGACCAACAUGGUCAAUUUAGCCAUGGGGGAGCUCAAGCCGAUAGUGACGAAGAGGUCUCGAGGGAUGGUGCCGGGCCCCGGCGCAAGCCUGGUGGCUACGACAGUCGAAUCGAGCAGAUCCUCUACGAGAACCCUGACCAGUCUAUCCUGAUUACCGAAGCAGGCAAGAGCCUUGAGAGUGGUGGCAGGUAUAUCGUAUAUACUAUUCGCACCGGCGACCUGGAAGUGCGACGUCGAUAUUCGGAAUUUGCCUCCCUGCGCGAUGCCUUGACUCGUCUACACCCUACCCUCAUUGUUCCCCCCAUCCCCGAGAAGCACACAAUGGCCGACUACGCCGCGAACCCAACAAAUGCGAAGCAAGACCAGCAGAUUAUUGAUCUGCGAAAGCGCAUGCUUGCGGUCUUCCUGAACCGUUGCCGCCGGAUGGACGCCAUUAGAACUGACGGAGUCUGGUGGAGAUUCCUCGAUCCUAACGCCAGCUGGAAUGAGGUUUUGCACUCACAUCCCGUAGCAUCCAUCCCCAAGUCAGUCCUAAAGGCGCCCCCGCUCGAUACCGCAAACCCAACUGCCGCCCAUAACUUUCUACCUGUUCCAGCGGCAUCGGCGAAGCUCAAGACAGUGGCUGGCGCCAAUCACGACAACAGCUCUGGCCAUAUUCAAGCGGGACCUCAUGCUUUUGGCCGAUUUCCACCUGAGGCGCAUAACCUGAGCGAGCAGGAGCUGGACCCCUACUUCAUCUCAUAUGAGUCGUCGAUCAAAGAGCUCGAGCAGCUCCUGACUGGCCCCAUGGAGAAGGUGAACCGUCGAACCCUGAGCCAUCUUUCAUCACUGGCAGCCGAUCUUUGCGAGCUUGGGUCCGUUUACAAUGCAUUCGCCGUUUCGGAGCAGGCUCCGUCUCUUGGACCAGCCAUCGAGCGAGUUGGUCAGGCCGCUGACCUCUCGUACAUUGCGACAGAAGAGCUUUCAGGGUCUCUCGGCGCCAGCUUCGCAGAGCCGAUGCGAGAGAAUGCGCAGUUUGCGGGUGUUGUCCGGAGUGUGUUGAAAUAUCGCGUGCUCAAACGCGUCCAGCAGGAUCUAACCACUGAGGAGUUGAACAAGAAGAGAGCACUGCUGGACCAGCUAGAGCGGAGCGAAGCCGAGGCCCGACGAAUUGAGAACUACCUAUCGAGCAGCCAACAAAUCUCCCCGCCGCCAAAGCGAUCGGCGAGUCUUAAGGAGCCCGCCUCUUACCAGCGACGGGAUGGUGGUCAAGAAGACACGGAAUCUAUCGAUUCCGACUUUCCUCCGACUCACGGCGAUUUCCCAUCAUCUGCGCCCUCGGCAAGCCAGGGGCUGCCGGAAAGGAGCACCAGUGUGCCAUCUCACAAGAAGAUGCCUAGUGGGAACUCAAUAACGAACAAGAUCUUUGGACCCAUCCGUCACGCAGUUCAGGGAGUUGUCGAUGUCGACCCGGAGCGGACACGACGCGAUUUGAUCGGCAAGACAAGGGAGAGCAUUGGUCAAUUGGAGCAGGCUCAAGUCGCUUCGGAGCGUGAUGUCAAGGAGGCCAGCGCUAGUGUUUUGCAAGACCUGAAGCGGUUCCAGAAGGACAAAGAGGAGGAUUUGCGACGGUACAUGCUCGCUUAUGCGCAAAGCCAGAUCGAAUGGGCAAAGAAGAGCAAGCAGCAAUGGGAAGAGGCUCGGGCAGAGGUGGAGAAGAUUGAGGAGUCAUAA